AUGGCCGCUGCGGGACAGUCAUCCAUCACUGUUGCCGGUAAGAGAGGAGCUGUCGUGCAUGAUGCGCGGGAACCACAAACCAACAUCGCCGUCAUCAAUCAGAAAGGUGCUAACGCAGUCAUAGUCCGCGUACGACCCUUCACAAUCAGAGAGGCUGCCCAGCUACAAAAAACCGAUGACAGCCCCGUCUUUCUUGGAGAUGGCUCCCUCGCGGGCCCAGCCCCAAAGCUGCAUCAGCGUGGGCUACGCAGCGUCAUCAAGGUCGUAGAUGACCGUUGCCUUGUCUUCGACCCCCCCGAGGACAAUCCCGUCCAACGAUUCUCCAGAUCCGUUGUCCCCACGUCCAAAAAGGUCAAAGACCAAGUCUUCGCAUUCGACCGCGUCUUCGACGAAAACACCACACAGUCCGACGUCUACGAAGGGACGACCAAGAGCUUGUUGGACAGUGUCCUCGACGGUUACAACGCCACUGUAUUCGCUUAUGGCGCCACCGGUUGCGGAAAGACACACACCAUCACUGGCACUGCACAACACCCGGGCAUCAUUUUCCUGACCAUGCAGGAAUUAUUCGAGAAGAUCGAGGAACGAAGUCAGGAAAAGUCGACAGAGUUAAGCCUGAGUUAUCUCGAGAUAUACAACGAGACGAUUCGCGAUCUGUUGGUUCCUGGUGGAAGCCAGGGUGGGCUGAUGCUCAGAGAAGACAGCAACCAGGCCGUGACCGUCUUCGGCCUGACGAGUCACCACCCCAGGAACGUCCAAGAAGUAAUGGACAUGAUCAUACAAGGCAACGAGUAUCGCACCGUGUCCCCAACAGAAGCCAACGCCACGUCGUCUCGGUCACAUGCGGUGCUGCAAAUCAACAUAUCUCAAAAAGACAGAAACGCAGACGUCAAUGAGCCACAUACCAUGGCUACCCUCAGCAUCAUCGACCUGGCCGGAUCUGAGCGUGCAUCGGUGACCAAGAACCGCGGCGUGCGCCUGACUGAAGGUGCCAAUAUCAACAAGUCGCUCUUGGCACUGGGCAGCUGCAUCAAUGCGCUUUGUGACAAGCGCCAGCGCGCACACGUCCCCUAUCGCAACAGCAAGCUCACUCGAUUGCUCAAGUUUUCACUGGGCGGAAACUGCAAGACGGUCAUGAUCGUGUGCGUAUCCCCUUCCAGUGCCCAUUUUGAUGAGACGCAGAAUACACUGCGCUACGCAAACAGGGCCAAGAACAUCCAGACCAAGGUUACUCGCAAUGUCUUCAACGUCAAUCGCCAUGUCAAGGACUUCCUGGUUAAGAUUGAUGAACAAAUGGCUCUCAUAAACGAGCUCAAGGCGCAGCAAAAGGAUGCCGAGCAACUCUUUUUUGCCAAAUUCCGAAAGCAACGCGACAAGCGAGACGGCGUUGUUCGUGAGGGUGUUUUGAGGCUUCGGGCAGCCUACGACCACUCCGCGACAGAGCGUCAGGAGCGCAUCGCUGCAAUGAAGCAGCUCAAGGCCUUUGAGAGACGAAUUGCCAUGUUGACCGCUUGGAUUGCGGCGUUUGAUACCGUCUGCGAGCAGAGGGCGGACAACGACUCGAUGCCUCAGAACUUGAUUUCUAUCCGAAAGACUGCUCAAGGCAUCCAGGUUGAGCUCGAAAACAGCCGUCAACAUGUUCACCAGAAGCUUGAGAGGGCAACCUGGGAGCGAGCGAUUGAUACGGCGCUCUCCCACAGUCUGCAUCAACUCGAAGGGCUGGAGGGCACCGACGACGGCGAGCAUGCCGCCUUGACCCGUGAGGCAGAGCUUCUCAAAGCCAACUUUGGCCGUGAGGCGUACCGGGCAGUCGUUGAGCAAGAAAAGCUCGGCGACGCAGCCAUGAUGCAGAUGCUUCUCACUGCCCAGUUCGAAAUGCUAGCAUCGCUUUCCGAUUCCCUGACCAUGGAUGAGCAGAGCGCUGUCGCUCAUGCCAAGGCGAUUAUACACAGACUUCUUGAAACCGGGUACAAGGCUGCAGGCCAGGUGGUGAAACCCGAUGGUUCUCUGCCUGUUGUAGAUGUCUUCCCCCCGACUCGCAAAGGCACGCCGAAGAGGAAGAAGAGCCUUGGAGCGUACGUCAAACCCGUUGCUCCUCCAGCGCUUGCUGCAGUCCAGAACGAACAUGUGUUUGCCAGCCCGAUGAAAUCGUCGCCCAGGAGACGUAAGGUGUUUGGCGCGGCGAAGAAGGGGGUCAGUUUCACGCCGGUUAAAAAGUCCAAGCCCAGGGGUGUUCGAUGGAGGGAUGAUGAAAGUGAGGACGGGACGCUGGCCGAUUUUGCAAAGACACCACAGCAAAUGGACACCACCCCGGACCAGUCUUCAACACCAAUCCCGCCGCCACCACCAACCUAUCUUGUCCAAGAUGAGCAGAGCGGCGAGACGUGGAGCCCGGGGGCUGACGCGCCAGGUGAAGACCAGAAAAGCACGUCAGCGCCCAAGCCAGGGCGAUUCCAGGCUGGGUUUCUGUCAAAGACGCGAAUGUCCAUGCAGCCGCAAGGGUCACCAUUGCUGCACGCCCCAACGUUCAGCCGAAGCGUGUCCUCCGGCUCCCCUGACUCUGGCAGGUUGUCGCCGCUGCGAACACUGGAUGUCUCUAGGACCGGCAACAUGUCGCCGCCGUCGCUGCCAGCAGCUCAUCGCAGCAGAUUAAGCCCACCGCAACCGACAUGCCUGAGGGCCAUUGUGGAUGAGAACAACCCCCCGACUCAGGGGACUCCUGGUUCCGGCUCAGACUCUGAGUCAAGCAUGAUUGAUGCCCGCAAGCUCCGCAGCGCGAUGCAAUCGGCCAAAGCUCGCAGGCCGAGUGCUCUGGGGGGCGGGGCCGUCGCCGCCAACGGAAGACGCGUCUCCGCGGUGUGUGCCACGGCUGAGCGGGCGGUGUCGCGUCCCAGCAUGCAGUCAGCGCUGGCCAGCAGCACAAACGGCAUCUCAAGGGCCCGUCGGGGCAGCCUGGAGCGGCGGAAAAGCCCGCCGCUCACGUGCUCGCCGCCAGAGUUCAAGGGCGACCGAAACCUGACGGCUGGGCAGGCUAGGCGGAUGAACCUGGGAGGCAGCGUCCGACUUGAGAAUACAGCGAACAGUCCCCGAGACGGGCUGAAGGAGGCUCCGCGUCGGGUUACUAUUGGUAUCGGCUCGACGCCCGCCUCUCACCGACGUCAGGAGAGCAGGGGAGUCGUAGGAUGGCGAUGA